UGAUAGGGACCUACCUAUUAGAAUAAUAUUAGAAGUAAUAAUAAUAAUAUUAGUAAUAAGGGUCUCUAGUAUAAAUAGAUGUAAAGUGGGAGUAAUUGGGAGGCUUUGGACUGUUUAGUCUUGGGACUGGGAAGAUUGAGUGUUUGCUCUUUCUUUGGGGGGCUUCGGCUCAGUUUGGGGGCUUCGGCCUUUGUACUUGUUACUGUUCAUCAUCUCCUUCAAUAAAGAUUUCUCUUGUUUCUUGAUAUUAGCUUCUGUAAUCUCUGAAUAGUUAAAGGUCUCUAUCAUUGGUAUCAGAGCCAGGUUAUUUCCUGGAGACCGAGAAUCUGAAUCAUCUGAACCAUGGCGGAGGAAUUCUACGUGACGCCACAAAUGGAAGAAAGAAUUGAAAAUCUGAAUCGAAAGACCAAGGAGAUGCAAGUUAAUAUGGCGACAAAUAUAGCCGCGAUGGAAGCGGCGAUGCAAGCUUGCUUCGCAGAUUUGCAGAACCGACUUCAAAGUUGUUUGCAGAAUCGAUCGCACACUUCGCGUAGGUCGCAUCGCGACUCUAAUCAUGGCCACACGCGAAAGUCAGGGAGUCCAGAGGAAUUAGAAGAGCGGAGGCAUCGCAGACAACCUGGCGACCGAACGAGGAACAGUAAGCCUCAUCCGCGAUCGCAGACAUAUUCGCGAACUGAUUCUUUGCAUCGCUCUUCUCGCUCUUCUCUCUCUUCGCAGAGUUCUGAUUAUCACUCUUACCAUCGCUCUUCGCAUCAGAGUGCGCCAUAUUCGUCUAAAGUCAAUUCUCGGAAGUCAGCUAGUUCAAAGAAAGAGGAAUUACCUCUAUUCUAUGAGAAUGAAGCCUACGAAUGGACAGAGAAGAUGGAAAAAUAUUUCCGAGUUCAAGCUAUUGAAGAAAAAUUCAAACUGGACGUGGCAGAAGAGGCUAUGGGGGAAGCCGCAUGUGGUUGGUUUAAAUGGUGGUGGGAGUAUCAAAAGAGGGAAGAUAGUUGGGAGGCUCUAAAGGAAGACCUUAUCAAGGAUUUUCCACCUAGACACCGGCAGAAGACAGGGAUGACAGCAAAACAGGAGUCCUCGAGAUCAAGAAGAACUUCCUUCAGUUCGCAAAAGUCAUCACAAACAUCAACCUUCAGUUCGCAGGCUUCAAUAGCUUCUACCAGUUUAUUUAAGAAGAAAUCCAGAUGUGAAGUUUCCAUAUCGCAAUCCGGAAUUGUUCCUGUCAAACUGGCAUCAACUUGUCUCAAUCCACAAAAAGAUUCAGAAGGAAUGGAAAAUGUGGAACCAGCUUUGAACUUAUCUCCAAAGGAUGUUUUGAUUGAAGAAGUAAGUCUUACUCUUGGACUAGAAGACAUGACACACCAAGUGAAAAAGAUUGAUGUCAGGGGAGGGUGUAAUUUUGAGGCUUCAUCUGGAGGGAUCAGAAUAGCAGAAUUCUUAAACGAGAAGACAUUGGGAAAGUUGAUGGAACAAAAUAUUGAAACCAAAGGGAAGGUGAAAUUAAUACUUAAUUUGGAAAUGGCCAUGUCUUGGUUGGGUGAUAGAUCUGAAUUCUUGCUAGGACAUCAACCAUGGAAAUUUUACUUGGAAAAUAACCUUUCUUGUUCCUUAGUUAAGAGAAUUGCAGCUGGAAGAGUAUAUCUGUUAACUUGCAGGUUAAAGCCUUGUAGACCUUCCUUUUCAAAGGAGGUAGGUAAAGAAUUAAAAGAGGAAGAAGUUGAUAGGUACAAAAAGGAGUUUGCAUCCAAUACAGUACUAAUCUCAGAAGAUAGAAACAAGGAGCUGCAGAAUAGUAAAGAAUUAAUUCCUGCUUUGAAAGGCUGGAAGAAGACUGAACCAAAUGACAUUGUUACCUAUGAUGUUUUGAUAUCGAAUCCAAAUGCUUUGUCUUCUGGCUUGAGUUCUUGGUCCUAUUUUCGAAAAGGAAAGGCUACUUAUUAUUACUCAGGUGGUUGGAAUGGUAAGAAUGCAUACCAUGAUGGUGGAUAUUGCUAUGUGAUGGUGGGCAGUGAUCAAUGUAUCUCAAGAGUUUCAUCUCUGAGUUGUUUUAUCAAAAAAGGGUUGGGAGUAGGAUUGACUGAGAGUGAAAUGGCAAAGAUUAGAGGAAUGCCAGGGGUCUGUUUAAUUGCUCCAGAUGGGGGUGGAAUGGCUGACUACCGGUUUCAGUUGGCUACUAUAGAUGCUGCAAUUUCAAGGAGUGAAGCAACUGAAUCUCAAAGAUUUGAGUUAUAUCCUGCUAUUAGCAAAAGGAAGAAUAAGCAAGGGAGGAUGGGUGAAGAUCAGUACCAGCAUGAUCAAAGACACAGGACUAAUAUUGAUGAUUGGAAGGAAGAGGAACUAUUGCUGUUGUUGCUGGAAGCAGUGAGAAAGAAGAUUCAAGUCCUGAAGUUCAGGAUCCUGAAAUUUGAAAGAUAUUGGGAAGGGAGAGGAACAAGGAAGAGGAAGAGGAAGCAGAAGAUUUUGGCUUUCUCCUAUUACCCACCUUGAGGACAAGGUGGAUGUUUAGGGGGGAGUAUUGAUAGGGACCUACCUAUUAGAAUAAUAUUAGAAGUAAUAAUAAUAAUAUUAGUAAUAAGGGUCUCUAGUAUAAAUAGAUGUAAAGUGGGAGUAAUUGGGAGGCUUUGGACUGUUUAGUCUUGGGACUGGGAAGAUUGAGUGUUUGCUCUUUCUUUGGGGGGCUUCGGCUCAGUUUGGGGGCUUCGGCCUUUGUACUUGUUACUGUUCAUCAUCUCCUUCAAUAAAGAUUUCUCUUGUUUCUUGAUAUUAGCUUCUGUAAUCUCUGUAAUCUCUUGUCUUAUUGGAUAAAGGUGAGUGUUGUGGUUUACAUAUUUAUUCUAUCAUAAUUAGUCACAAACUUAUCGCUAGCCAAAGUUAUGUACCUUUGCAUCAUAAAAUUAGGUGUGAUAUCUUCAGUUAAAGGCUGAACACACUAUUUUGUCCCUACUAAGCCCAGCACCCCCGCUACAGUGACCAAUGUGUCACGGUGACCUAAUUGACCAAUGCAUAUCAGUGACCUAUGUCAAAGUGACUAUAUUCCCGGUGACUGAUUACACAGUGACUAGAUACCCCAGUUACCAAUGCCACAGUUACCAACACUUGGUGUCCCAGUUCUUGUGACAUCCCGACUAUAGUGAAAAACGCCACCAGACCACCCUGAUCUCGGUGAGCAACUCGACCCCAGUGACCAACGCAAUAUUGACAUCCCGCCACUGACCACGGCCGCCACGCCAAUAUCAAUACCCCUAGUUCCCAAUCCACUCCGC